AUGUACAACGACCAAAACUAUCAUACCCAGCAUGCUCAGUACUACAACAACAGAGAUUCAGACCCAACACACGACCUCAGUGCUGGCUUUUCCGCCCUGAGCGUCUCCCACCACGACCCAAUCGCCCGUUCUCACUCUGCAAUGUCCAUGCACUCAGCUGGAAGCCACGGUCGCCACCACCCGCCCCAGCCACGACAUGCAGCCACUUUGCCGUACAACAACCCUGGACCGUCCUAUGACAAUGCUCAUUACAAUGGACACUACAACGACCCCUACUAUGCCCACCAGCAGUGGGCGCCCGCAAACCAUACACCAGCAGCGACGUAUGAUCCCCUCUAUGCAGCUGCUUCUGACAUUCUCGGAAUGGGCCCUCCCCCGCCUCCGCCUCCUCCACCGCCCCAUCACCUCCGCCAGCCGGGCCAUCAUCCUCCCCCAGCUCCCUACCAUCACCCCCCAGGCCAGAUAUACCCAGACGUCCCACCUGGCCAGCAAUACUCUGAUACACAGUCCCUGAAGACGUCCCCCUCUACAGUCGACUCGUACACAACCUCCCCAUCUGACUAUCAAGACUUUGAGCUUCGCGGUCCUGUCAAAAAGGCUGUACCCGUCCCUUCCAGCCAAGGAGGCAAGGCAAUCGAUCUCAACGCUCCUCCUUACACCAAAGAGUACAUCGACCAGUACCGCCAGCGGAUAAAAGCAGACCCUGACCCUGAAGCUCACUUUCUCUACGCCAAAUACCUCAUCGAAGCUGCAAAGAGAUUCCGCACACAAGCAAAAGACGCUCGAGCGGGCAAAAAGUAUUCAGAGUUCCUCAUCGGCGAGGCUCUCAAGGUUGUCAGGAGACUCGCUACCCAGGGAGACGCCUACGACGAAGCCCAGUUCUUCCUUGCAAAUUGUUACGGCACCGGUGCCCUCGGACUCCAGGUCGAUCACGAAAAGGCCUACCAUCUCUACCUUCAGGCUGCCAAACAGAAUCAUGCCGCUGCUGCCUACCGUGUCGCUGUCUGCAACGAGAUUGGUGCAGGAACCAAAAGGGAGCCUCCUCGCGCAGCUGCUUUCUACCGCAAGGCCGCUUCCCUUGGUGAUACUGCUGCCAUGUACAAGCUGGGUAUGAUCUUGUUGCACGGCCUCCUCGAUGAACAGAAGAAUCCCCGCGAUGCAGUCAGCUGGCUCAAGCGUGCCGCCGAACAGGCUGACGAAGAGAACCCACACGCACUACACGAACUCGCAUUGCUCUACGAACAACCAAACUCGAACCUCGUGCCCCAUGACCCAGUCCAUGCCAAACAACUCUACACCCAAGCUGCCCAACUCGGUUACACCCCUGCCCAGUUCAAGCUCGGUCAAUGCUACGAGUAUGGCUCCCUUUCUUGUCCUGUCGACCCUCGUCGUUCCAUUGCCUGGUACACAAAGGCAGCAGAAAAGGGUGAUGCAGAGGCCGAGUUGGCGUUGAGUGGAUGGUAUCUGACCGGUAGCGAGGGGGUGUUGAAGCAGAGUGAUUCCGAAGCCUAUCUGUGGGCGAGGAGGGCUGCGAACAAGGGGCUGAGCAAGGCCGAGUACGCUGUAGGAUAUUACGCCGAGGUCGGCAUUGGUAUCAAGCAGGAUAUCGAAUUUGCAAAGAGGUGGUACAUGCGAGCAGCCGCCCAAGGAAAUAAGAGAGCAAUGAAUCGGUUGACAGAGAUGAAGCGGAUGGGCAAUAAGCGCCCUGCUAUGGCUCGGCCUACUCGCCAGCAAGCAAAGGACGAAUGUGUCAUCAUCUAG